GAGGAGACUUCUUAGUGAUAGGGCUGAGGCUGAGUAAUCCAACUGCUCUGUCACAGCAGCUGGCUGCUGUCCAAGCCCAGAGCACAGUCAGGAGUAACUGAGCUUCCUUCCUGAGGGAGGAAACAGUUAAAGUCUUGGGGCAGCUGCAGUCAUCUGGGCGUGGUUCUCUGGUCUGACUUGGGCUGCACAGAUCCUGGGCCAAGGGGUAGAGGAAGGACAGCUUAGGCUUAGGUGGCAGAGUGUUCCAGAUGGCUGAGUUGGAGCUAAUGGCCCCAGGGCCACUGCUAGGGGUCGCUGUUCAUCCUCUAGCCCCUUUUAGCUCGGACUCAGCCAGGCCAGCAGAGGAAGAGGAUGUGGGCUCCCCGGGUAGGCCUGUGGAAGAGACAACAGAGGGACAGGGUGGUGGCCCAGCUGAGCCUGGGACUUCUGGUGGUAAGGGGGACUGGGAGAUCUUGUGCGACUUUUGCCUUGGGGGCAGCAGGGUGAAAGCAGUGAAAUCCUGUCUGACCUGCAUGGUGAAUUACUGUGAGGAGCACCUUCGGCCACACCAGGAGAACAGCAAACUGCACAGCCAUCAGCUGACUGAGCCGGUGAAGGACCAAGACCUGCGUACCUGCCCUGCCCACCACAGCUCACUGACUGCCUUCUGCUGCACAGAUCAGCAGUGCAUCUGCCAGGAAUGUGCCCAGGACAAGCAUAGGGGCCAUGCUGCUAUCUCUCUGGAGGCAGCCCGAAGGCACAAGGAGGCUGAACUUCAGUGCAUACAAUUAGACCUGGAGCAGAAACUCAAGUUGAAUGAAAAUGCCAUUGCAAGGCUCCAAACCAACCAUAAAUCUGUUUUGGUGUCAGUGUCAGAGGUAAAGGUGGCAGCUGAAGAGCAGUUCGGGGAACUCCUUGCUGCUGUGAGGAAGGCCCAGGCUGAUGUGAUGCUCUUCUUGGAGGAAAAGGAGCAAGCUGCUCUGAACCAGGCCAAUGGCAUCAAGACCCAUCUGGAGUACAGGAGUGCAGAGAUGGAGAAAAGCAAGCAGGAGCUGGAGAGGUUGGCAGCCAUCAGCAGCACUGUGCUCUUCCUGGAGGAGUACUGCAAGUUUAAGAACAGUGAAGAUACUGCCUUCCCUAGCAUUUACAUAGGCCUGAAGGAUAAACUCUCAGGCAUCCGCAAGGUCAUCACAGACUCUACUACACACUUAAUCCAGUUGCUGGAGAACUAUAAGAAAAACCUCCAGGAUUUUUCCAAUGAAGAGUAUGACAUCAGAACGCAAGUGUCGGCCAUUGUUCAGCCCAAGUAUCGAACCUCAAAGCCUGAACCCAGAACCAGGGAAGAGUUCCUCCAAUAUGCAUGUGACAUCACAUUUGACCCAGACACAGCACACAGGUACCUCCGGCUGCAAGAGGACAACCGCAAAGUCACCAACACCACACCUUGGGAACAUCCCUAUCCAGACCUCCCGAGCAGGUUUGUGCAUUGGCGCCAAGUGCUGUCCCAACAGAGUCUGUACCUGCACAGUUACUAUUUUGAGGUAGAGAUCUCUGGGGCAGGCACCUAUGUUGGCCUGACCUGCAAAGGCAUCGACCGGAAGGGAGAGGAACGCAACAGUUGUAUUUCGGGAAACAACUUCUCCUGGAGCCUCUGCUGGAACGGGAAGGAGUAUGCAGCCUGGCACGGUGACACAGAGACUGCAGUCAAAGCUGGCCCUUUCCGGAGGCUUGGCGUCUAUGUCAGCUUCCCAAGGGGGACCCUUUCCUUCUACGGUGUAGAGUAUGAAGCCAUGACUUUGGUUCACAAGUUUGACUGCAAGUUUUCAGAACCAGUUUACGCUGCUUUCUGGCUUUCCAAGAAAGAAAACACCGUCCGGAUUGUGGAUCUGGGAGAGGAACCUGAGAAGCCAGCACCAUCCUCAGUAGAGAUUGCUCCGUAGAUUCUAGGAUCUGUCUUACAGGCCUUUGCUAACCACUGUGGUGGGGCAGCAGCUUAUAUAUUUUUUUCACUACUGGGUAUUCAACCAAGGAGAUUUGUACUGAGCUACAUCCCCACCUUUUUUUUUUUUAAUUUUGAGGCAAUGUCUCUCUAAGUCUCUAAGUGUGCGACUUGGACUCAAACGUGUGAUCUUCCCGCCUCGACUUCCCAGAGUAUUUCUUCCUUGGGGCAAGAAAUAUCUGCCAAUGGUAGCGUGGUUUUAAAUUCAUGUAGAUCUAUGAAUGAUGAAGCUUCUCCAGCUGCUUCCUUUUGCUGCAUAUAGCAUUUCUUUGUAUAUUUGCAACAACUGUAAGGCACUAAAGUCUCUCCCAUCAUGUACUAAUGAUAACCUCUUAUCUGCCCAGGAGAACACCAUACUUUACUCAGAAUUGCUAAAGAGGAAUGUUCAGAGUACUGAGUGAUUGCAGAGAAAUAACAAUAAAUUGUGAAUUUUACUCUGUUUGCUCUGUGCCAGACAGUUUUCUAAGUGCUUCUUCCACAAUUAACUCAGUCAUCAUGGCGGAUCCAUGAGAUAGAUACUCACAUCAUCCUCAUUUUGUGAAAGGGGAAACUGGUCCGAGGUAAUUAGCUAAGUUGCUCAGGGUUUCUCUAGUUAUUCAGUAAGUGAGGGGUAGAGUUAGGAUUCAAAUCUGGGUGGGCCACUGCUGAACUUUUGAACACCAAGGUAUACAGCCUUCCUCAUUAGAUUAUGAAUGUUAUGUGUAAGGCAAUAAACCACAUGGUAAACUAUAUAGCAGGGAAAUUAAGUGUCUGAAAGUGACUUCUUAGAAUUUGCACAUCUUUUUGCAUGUACCAUGUCAGACUCAGCCAUCUAGCCAUGCACUGGCCAAAAACUCAGCAUUUCACAGAGAAACUCAUUCUAGUUUUGGACGGUGAGGAUUAGGAGAAAUGUCUUAAUGGAGUCCAAGUCUUAGUCCCGUGGCUUCUGGAGAGUGGUCCCACUUCUCCCUUCUGAAGUCACCAGUCAUUGCGGAGUGGUCUAAUUUCUCAUUCACAAGACAGUUCUUCAGAUUAUUUGUAGACAGCACUCCUCUCUUCCUCCAGAUAGUCUUGUUCUCACACUAAAUUUCCUACUUUUCUUUCUGGUUCCUGUUCCUUCAACCCCCACCUUUUUGAGUAUUUCAUUCUUCUUUUGACAGAUCAGCGCUCUAAGAUUAAUGAUAAACACUUACCCAGCCCUCAGGAAAGUGAAAACCCAUCUUUAAAUGGAUUUCUGAGGCCAUAACCUGAAGCUCCUUGUGAGAUUAACCAGGAAUAUUACUUCCGGGUCUGUUCCUGUGACCUGUGUGAAGGCAAAUCUCUCUCUGUUCAGCUAGACUGAUGAUCCUGCCUGAACAGUAUGUUACUGUACACUGCAGGUAUUCUUGUAAAGUAAUAUAUGUGUAUUACUUUAGCAUCAUUUGAUUUGUUUCCAGUGACUCUGUCCAAGUUAUAUUUAAGGAUUUAUACAGUGUAGGAUUUAAUUUUUUUAUACUAAUUCCCUCUUCAUUGCUAUGUGCUGACAUAGUGUAGAUUGAUGAUUCUCCUUCUUCGCCUAGUGUCAUCUGCAGAAUCAAUUCCCCUUUCUUCUUAAGUCCUAACCUUGUUGAUAAAUGUACUAAUUAGGGUAGGGCCAAAUCCAGAAGCUUGAAGCACUUGGUCAAUACUUUCUGAGAUUAGUUAUAUAUAAGCCACUCAUUGGUAGAACUGUACAGUUGGUAGAACUGUACAACUCAGCUAUUGCUUAAGAGAGAAAAUGUGAUCAGCAUGGCCUACAUUCUUUUAAGUUUUUUUUUUUUUUUUAAAUCGUAUGUUUUAAAAGGAUUUUUCUGUGGGUUAACAUCAACUUUAUUAGUCUGUUCUUUCCAGGAUCAAUUUUAUUUUAUUUUUUUUUAAAAUCAAGGCAAUAUUUUCUAUCCUCAUUCUGUCCUCUUUCUAAUUUUUCAAGGGUUCCUGUCUGAUCUGUAGUCCUGUAACUGUGUCAGUGUCCUGAAAGGUACUUUGGAGAGGUUAGCGCACAGAAGACUAUAUGAAAAGAAGUAUUUAUAUGUCUUCUUACCUAGCUUGUGCUACAUUUUCCUGUUUGCUUUUUUUUGUCUGUUAGCUUGAGGUUCAAGACCCUUCAUCUGGUGAUGAUAUAAAAGAUCAAAACAAAUUAAAAGUUGACAUAGUACAUGCUUCCUGUCAUUGCCUUAAGUGAUGGCAUAAUGUUUUUCUUUUUCUUUUUCUGAAAAUUGCCUAACACAGGUAAAUAAAAACUAAGGCAAGAAAAAAAGAACCAAAGCCUAUUUUAUAUUCCUGUGCACUGUCCCUAGGUGUGGGUGUACUUGUAUUUAUGCAUCCUUGUCAGCUCAUCCGUUGUGUAGACUCAACUAAAAAACCAAACCAACAUUAAACUUGAACUCAUCAAGA